UGAUGCGUGAGGUUGGGAAAUUGUGGAGCAACAGCUCAGAGGGUCACAGCAGUGAUCCUGAAGAGGAUGAUGAAGAAGGGAUGGCGUUCGGCGAGGCUGAGGAAGACUCUGAAGAGAUGAUGGACUUGAGUGAUCUACCUACAGCUCUGUUUGCCUGCAGCGUGCAUGAGGCUGUGUUCGAGGAGGACAGGCAGAGGCAAACUCUAGUUUUCCAAAAACGGGCAUGUCCAAAGAUAAUGGAGGUCUUGUGAGCAGUACAUUUUAACCUACAUUCUGAAGCCAGCACUUUAAGGCCCCGAGGACAACAUCUGAUGUUCACACUGCGUUGCCUCAGCAUUCAUGGAAUAUUUUUGCUGCCUGUUGAAGCUGUAAC